AUGUUGGGAAUAUCCACAAUUUUGAUUGCCCUGGUGGUGUGUCUCCUGAUUCUACACUAUCUGAAACAACUCUGGUCACACAGGUCCUACCCUCCUGGGCCUCUUGAGCUACCCAUCAUUGGAAGCAUUUGGAAAUUAGGAUACAAGCUUUCUCCAGAUAUUUUAAUUAAGCUGGCAAAACAAUAUGGAAAUAUUUACACGCUGUGGCUGGGACCUAUGCCUAUAGUUGUACUGUCUGGAUAUGAAGCAGUGAAAGAAGGGCUGAUAAACCAUUCAGAAGAUUUUGCCGAUCGGCCAGUGACCCCUUUCCUGAAAGUGGCAGCAAAAGAACAAGGUAUUGUAUUUUCAAAUGGUCACAUCUGGAAGCAACAGAGGAAAUUUGGCAUGGUUACCUUGCGGAAGCUGGGACUGGGAAAGAAAGGCAUGGAGCACCAAAUAGAAGAAGAGGCGCAUCAGCUUGUUGAGACUUUUGCACGUGCAAAGGGACAGCCAUUUGACCCGUCAGUGCCCAUCAUUAAUUCUGUCUCCAAUGUGAUCUGUGCUCUGGCUUUUGGACACCGGUUUUCUGUUGAAGAUAAAGAAUUCCUCAAGUUGCUAGAAGCUGUUGACCGUCUCUUAAAAUUUCCAACUACCAACUCUCAUUCUUUGUAUGAAAUUUCCCCAUGGCUCAUGGAACAUCUCCCGGGGCCACACAGGAAGACACUUGCCUGCAUUGAUAUUAUUUAUUCCUUUGUAAAGAAGGAGAUAAAAAAGCAUCAGGAGAAUCCGGCCGUGCAUGAGCCACAAGAUUUCAUCGAUUUCUAUAUGUUUCAGAUGACGAAGGAAAGCAAGCAUGACCCCAACUCUACUUACAAUGAAGAAAAUCUGACUCAGUGUAUUUUUGACCUCUUCAUUGCGGGAACAGAAACGACAUCUCUUACAUUGCGAUGGGCAUUGCUCCACAUGGCAAAUCACCCAGACAUCCAAGAGAAAGUCCAUAAGGAGAUUGAAGAUGUUUUGGGUUCCUCUCAAUCACUCAACUACCAAGACAGGAAGAAACUGCCCUACACCCAUGCAGUGAUUCAUGAGAUUCAACGUUGUCAAUAUAUCUUAUUUUUUGGCCUCCCCAGACAAAGUACAAAGAAUGUGAACAUGCUUGGUUUUCUCAUUCCAAAGGAGGUCAUUGUUGUUCCAGAUCUACAGUCUGUUCUUCUUGAUCCUAAACAAUGGAAGACACCUGAGGCAUUCAAUCCAAAUCAUUUUUUGGACAAGGAUGGACGUUUUGUGGAAAGAGAAGCAUUUCUUCCAUUUGGUGCAGGGGCCCGCGUGUGCCUGGGGGAGCAGCUGGCAAAGAUCGAGCUCUUCGUCUUCUUCACCACCCUGAUGAGGGCAUUCACCUUUCAGCCACCAAAAGGAGUGAAACAACUCAGCACAGUGCCUGAAGUUGGGACAUCACUUGUUCCCUUCCCUUAUAAGCUCUGUGCUGUUCCCCGCUGCAGUUCAUCAUAA